AUGAAGUACCUCCCUGUGAAUGGUUUCGAAGCCGUCACUGGCGCCCUCAACUUCAACACACCCGAUUGCAACGUUACCGGCGGUUGCGAUCUUUACACUACCAAAUCCACUGGCUCGGACAAGAAACUAUACCGAAACAUCGACCAGAACCUCUCGUCGCAACAUGCCGCGCUCUUGAAGCUGGGCGCGAGCCUGAGCCCACCAGAGCGCGAGCACAUGCUUGCUACAUCACCGAGCAUGCAAAUGUUCUCCCACUCGAGUGCGUUUGGGCCCUUGAGUGAGCUCUCCAGCCGACGAACCUUUGCCUACCUGAUUGCGACACUGAACGCGAGCCACCCGCACUACGACUUUUCGCACGUCCUUCGACCCGGCGACUUUAAGCGCGAGCGCAACCUCCGACGCGUCAUGGUGAAUCUGGAUUCCAUCCUGCAGAAUGUCCGACCCGGCUUCGAGGCGAAAUCCUUUGGCUCCUCCCUCGGAGCCAGCCCCGAUCCCGUCUGGGGUCCGCAAUGCUGGAGCCUGAUUGACAAGGAGAUGCGCCUGAACGAAUGCACCAUUAUCGGCUACCAUCCCGACGUGGACCCCUUUGAGGAGGACGAGUCCGCCAUAUGGGCGGCGCACUACUUCUUCUUCAACCGCGCCCUCAAGAGGGUCGCCUAUCUCUACGUGCGGGUCGUCCCCGUCAUCUCCUCCACGAGUCCACACCUCCGACCGCAGAAGCUGGCGCAAUUGUCUACCCUCAGCAGCACACAGGACACGUCCGGAUCGAAGCGCGCAGACUACUGGCUCGGCGACCGGGGCGGCAAGCUGGUGCCGCCUCCCGUGGAGGACGAGGAUGGCGACCAGGACGACGGCCUGUUCUGGAACAGGGGUGAAGAUGGCGACCUUGUCAUGUAUUCGGAUGAUGAGAUUAUGGAAGAUGAGUACGAGGACGACGACAGUUAUGAGGACGACCUUCGCGAUAAGAGGCUCUUGAGCGAGGAUAUCGCCGGGCGGAUGGAGAUCUAG